CUCUGUGUGUGUGUGUCAGUUUCAGCAGGAGCUCAUCAUGUCUCUCCCCGCCGGUCAUCGUUCUGUACCUUCCCCCUGCUGACCAGGGAGAGAAGGAGCUGGUCCAGCCCUAGAAAUAACUACAUCUCUCUGUCCCCGCACAGACGUUAGGGAAAAAACAACAACCAAAAUUCCAAGAAACAGCCCACCCAGCAACAUGGCACAUGCAGCUCAGCUCAAUAUCCUGGAGCAGAACUGCCCCAUCCAGGUGGAGCACGAUCGCAGGAGGAGACAAUUCACAGUGCGGCUGAAUGGUUGCCACGACAGGGCAGUGUUGCUGUACGAGUACGUGGGGAAGAGGAUAGUGGACUUGCAGCACACGGAGGUACCAGACGCCUACCGAGGAAGAGGAAUAGCCAAGCACCUGGCUAAGGCAGCCCUGGACUUUGUGGUCGAAGAGGACCUCCGAGCUCACCUGACGUGCUGGUACAUUCAGAAAUACGUCAAGGAGAACCCCCUGCCGCAGUACCUGGAACACUUACAGCCUUAA